AUGCCGUGUACGUCUGACAAGGAUUUCUUAGAGAUGCAAACUCCUGCGAAAAUCACGUGCAGAGAGGGUAGCAUAGAUACGGAUCGUGAGUCCAUAGAUACGAGUAGUACAUCCCCGGAUAUCAGUUCGGACGAACGUCGGAAAUAUCGGAAACGUGGAGUCAAAAACGAACCCAACAGGGUGGACAGUCCCGCACUGAAUAGUCCCGCAUUUACUGAUGACGAGAGCAUUUUGGACGAAGAGGAAAAAGCAGGAAAUGGUGACAUCACAUCAGAUGAACAACAGAUUCAGAAGAAGACUGUUGCACAAAUCAUGAGGGACAAGAAGAAGCAGACGGCACUGACGCUUAAAUGGCUGGAAGAAAACUAUUGUAUAUGUGAAGGAGUGUGUCUUCCCAGAUGUAUACUUUAUGCUCAUUACCUCGACUUCUGUCGGAGAGAGUCCUUAGAACCAGCAUGUGCUGCGACAUUUGGCAAGACGAUACGACAGAAAUUUCCUCAUUUGACAACAAGACGACUGGGAACAAGGGGACAUUCCAAAUAUCAUUAUUACGGUAUAGGGAUACAGGAGACUAGUCAAUACUACCACUCAGUUUACACCGGCAAGGGUCUAACGAGAUUUUCCGGAUGUAAGCUUAAGAACGAGGGAGGAUUCACUAGAAAAUACACAUUAAGUUCAAAGACGGGAACGCUGUUACCCGAAUUUCCCAAUGCGCAAUAUCUUAUUCUUCCACUGUCAGUUCCUCGAGAAAAGGUAGAGACGUUCGUGAUGAUGUACAAGACCCAUUGUCAGUGCAUUCUUGACACGGCCAUUAAUGCCAACUUUGAAGAGAUUCAGAAUUUUCUGCUCCAUUUUUGGCAAGGAUUGCCUGAGCACUUACUACCGUUGGUGGAAAACCCAGUAAUUAUAGAUAUCAUUGCCGUUUGUGACAACAUAUUAUACAAGGUAUUGACUGAAGUUCUAAUCCCCGCGACAAUGCAAGAAAUGCCGGAGACCUUACUCUGUGAUUUACGGAAUUUUGCUAAACAUUGGGAGAACUGGGUAUCCACAUCACUAGAGAACCUCCCCGAUCUUCUAUCCGAGAGUAAACUGCCGAUAGCACGACGUUUCGCCCAAUCCAUGAAAAGACAAAUAUCAUUCCUGCAUCUCGCUCAGACUGCCCGUCCUGUGCUGUACGACGCUCAGGUCGUCAAUCAGAUGAUUGCUGAUGUCGAAAGAAUAGAUCUCAACAGUAUAGGCACACAUGCACUAAAUACUAACAACGACGGGGAUAUUGAUACGGAACUGAAUGCUGAAUUUCUCAGGGAAUUCAAAGAGUUAUUGCGGAAACAGGCGACGGUAGAGGCGUGUACAGAAUGGUUAGACGGAGUGGUAGAAUUAAAGGUGAUAAAGCCUAGUAAGCAAAAUGGUCGAUCCUUUAAAAAGCGGGCGUCGUCAUUUUUGCUGAAGUGGUCCUUUUUUGGAGCUAGGGUCAUGCAUAACCUUACUCUCAAUAACGCCACAAGCUUUGGGUCAUUUCACUUGAUUCGGAUGUUGCUGGACGAAUAUGUACUAAUGGCGGUUGAAACUCAGCUAGCCAUGGAGAAAGACGCCGAGAUACAGUCCUUACUAGAGAAACACAUGAAGACAGACGAUUCCGGUGUCCGUCCCAAUCUGUCCACUCAACCGAGCACGUGUUUCCUAGCAACUAGGCGGGACAUGAAUCCGAGAGGCAACAUGAAUAAUGUGAAGAGAGAGCACUUCCUGGACCCACAAUUCAACGGGAAUGGACUGUACAUGGGUCUUAAUCACGAAAAAGACGCUCAGAAUAUGAUGUCUAAUCAUCAUCUCAAUUCUCUCACGGCAAUGACACAGGCUGUACCUGGAAAUAACAACCUACAACAUACGCCACACACUACACCUCCUAUCUCACCUAUUGUUGUCAAUCCCAUAAGGAAUACUGUAAUCAACUCGAACCUGCCUUACAGCAACAGUAAUCAGUCAUUAAUGGCCCCAGGAUACCCAUACUUAGGUCAAUUAUCCGAAUAUACCGGAACGCCUAACUACGGGCUUGGCAGCUACAAUAACUCCUACACAUCAAGCGCCUUCAGGUCUCACAUUGCACACUCACCCUACACCGUAGGCAAGGAUCUCGACACCGGAUAUCCGCCGUUUGGAGAUCCUGAUUUUGGGGCAGAAUCAUUUUUCAAUUCUGCCGGUUACACCAGCAUCUCUCAGGCCAAUUAUCCUACGUCAAAUGUCCACAACCAGGGUAGCAGUGCUUUUAACGUCGUGCAGAGUAACCCUACAUUUAACACUUCGUAUUCGCCUUCAGAUUACUAUAGUCCGGGUUACCCACAGCCUUCCAAACCCCUAGUGGAACACGUGUCUGUGAUUCAGCAGAGAAACCCUAUCCCGUCUCCUUUUCACAACGACAUGAGCGACCCACUUAACUUACUGGACAAGCCACAGCGUCACAAAGACCUUCAUCUCUAUAGCAACGGGAGCCCUGCAAGUUGUCACAGUCCAAGAAUGCAUCACGAGGGUAUUGGACAGGACAUCAUAGGUAUGGCGGUCAGUGGGAUGUUGACUGGCGAUCAUGACAUUUCCCCUAGCUUUAAUGACCCUGGGCCUUUACCUUCUAUCAACACGGUAUUCAUGACGUGA